AAAGGCUGACUUUCAAACCAAAUGCCUCUUUAUUUCAACGUUCGAAUAGCCGGUUCUCUGUAGCUGCGGUUCUCCCGUGCGUGACCAGCAGCGGGGACCUAAAGCCCAGAGCCCUGCCCCGCCCUGGCCACACGCGGCUGCCUCGAAUUCCACCCCCAUUCUUCCCCUCCCCACUCAAGUGCCUUCACUUACAUUCAGCAACACCCCAUAGCAGCUAGGAGCGGUGUUCCCCUCUGUCAGUUUCCGCUGGACCAAACACGGAGGCCGGAGUGCAUGGCGUAGGUUUGUGCCAGCGCAGUUAACAACCCGGCUGCUGCUGUUUGGGGAGCCUGGGAGGCUCCAGCCUAGUCCCGAGGCCCAGGGCGGCCGCCGCAGGGAGAAGCCCCGGUCUCCGGGUCCCCGCCGUAGCGAGGCCGGGCCUGUCUCCUGCCGGAGGAGGAAGAAGCGAGCGGCCCGGGCGCCACCUCUUUCCCCCUGGGGGAGGGCGCUGGCAUCCUCGCGGCGGCCGCGGCUCGGGGGCUCCCGGAGUCCCGGAACUCCUCCCAGGACCGGCGCACUUGAACUCCGGGAGUUGGCCCAGCACCUCGCCCCGCCGUCCUGCCAGUCUCCGUCCCAGUGCGGAGCGGCCCGCCGGCGCGAUGCUGGCGCUGUGGCUGGUGGGCCUGGGGCAGAAGCUGCUGAUCUGGGGCGCGCUGGGCGCCGUCUCCGUGGCGGGAGCCGCUCUUCUCCUGAGCCUCCUGCAGAUGGUGGCGAGGUGCGCGCGGCAAUGGCAGCAGAUGAGGGGCCUCCCCACGUUGCCCGGCUGCUACCCCUUGGUGGGACACACGCUGGUGAUGAAGCCAGAAGGGAAAGAAUUUUUUCAGCAGCUAAUUUGUUACACAGAAGAAUAUCGGCAUUUUCCACUGCUGAAACUCUGGCUUGGACCAGUACCACUCUUGGCCAUUUAUAAUGCAGAAAACGUGGAGGUAAUUUUAAGUAGUUCAAGUCAAAUUGACAAAUCCUGUGUGUACAAGUUCCUAGAACCAUGGCUUGGCCUGGGACUCCUUACCAGCACUGGAAACAAGUGGCGAUCUAGGAGAAAAUUGUUAACACCCACUUUCCAUUUUACAAUUCUGGAAGAUUUCUUAGAUGUCAUGAAUGAACAAGCAAACGUAUUGGUUAAUAAGCUUCAAAAACAUGUUAACCAAGAAGCCUUUAACUGCUUUUUUUACAUCACUCUUUGUGCCUUAGAUAUAAUUUGUGAAACAGCCAUGGGGAAGAACAUUGGCGCUCAGAGUAAUGAUGAUUCCGAGUACGUCUGUGCGAUUUAUAGGAUGAGUGAUUUGAUAUCUCGAAGAAUGAGGAUGCCGUGGCUCUGGCUUGACUUUUUGUUUUUUCUGUAUAAAGAAGGAUGGGAACACAAAAGGAACCUGAAGAUCCUACAUAAUUUUACCAAUAAGGUCAUCUCUGAACGGGCCAAGGAACUGAAGAGAGACGAAGAACAUAGAAGUGGUGACAAGGACUCUUCCCCCUCCAAGAAUAAACGCAGGGCUUUUCUUGACUUGCUUUUAAAUGUGACUGAUGAUGAAGGGAACAAGCUAAGUCACGAAGAGGUUCGAGAAGAAGUGGACACUUUCAUGUUUGAGGGCCAUGACACGACUGCAGCAGCAAUAAACUGGUCUUUAUAUCUAUUGGGUUCUUACCCAGAAGUCCAGAAACACGUGGACAGUGAACUGGAGGAAGUGUUUGGGAAGUCUGAUCGUCCUGCUACCGUAGAAGACCUGAAGAAACUUAGAUACCUGGAAUGUGUCAUUAAGGAGAGCCUCCGCCUUUUUCCUUCUGUCCCCUUAUUUGCCCGCAAUCUUACUGAAGAUUGUGAAGUUGCGGGUUACCAAAUUGUGAAAGGCGCUCAAGCAAUCAUCGUUCCCUAUGCACUGCAUAGAGAUCCAAGAUACUUCCCAAAUCCUGAGGAAUUCCAGCCGGAACGGUUCUUUCCCGAGAAUUCGCAAGGACGCCACCCAUUCGCAUAUGUGCCUUUCUCUGCUGGACCCAGAAACUGUAUAGGUCAGAAAUUUGCCACAAUGGAAGAAAAGGUCGUUCUCUCCUGCAUCCUGAGACACUUUUGGGUAGAAUCCAACCAGAAAAGAGAAGAACUUGGUCUGGCGGGAGAGCUGAUUCUUCGUCCAACGAGUGGCAUCUGGAUCAAGCUGACGAGGAGAAACGGAGAUGCGUCCCAACCAUAGUCCUGGGCUGUGCCCUUGUCACGUGAACGGUCUUUCUUGAAGGGAACUGGAUUUACGAUUUCUAGAUCUGGGUUCAAUACUCUGAGUCCCUAGACCUAUUUUUUUCUUGUCCCCACUUCUGUUGGGAUCAAGCUCCCCAAAGAGUUUUUAUAUUUGCAUCACGACCAUAGGUCUUAGCCCCGGUCUCGAUCCCCAAAGUAGAGUUAACCAGUGACGACACCCAAGUAAACAUAUGAUAGGUUUCUCAGCAGAGGGAUCCACAGGCCAAUUCAAUUCAAUUGGCACACCGAAAGAAUAUAAUUUAAUUGAGAUUCCAGAAUUUUUUAAAGGUAUUCUUACUGACUGGGGAACAUGUAUAUGCAUGUAUACAUAUGCAUUUAAUUUGAAAAGGGUGGGUAAUUAAGUACUUAGACCUAAGAAGCUCAAGUUUUAAAAUUAUAUGAGUGACAUCAAAUAUGAGAAGAAGAAUUAUUAUGGCACUUUUCAGAUUAUAUUGCCUGGACUUGAUAAUUUUUAAGUUGACUCGUGAGUUCUGUUCCUGUUUCCCUUUUGACCAGGUGCCGAUAGCCGUGACUUCAUUAUCCACAGCAUCACAACUAGCCUUAUAUAUCAUACACAGUUGGGAAAGACUCCUCUCAUGGCCCUGCCCUGGAUGUGAAAUUAAAGCAAAACAUUGCUUAAUGUUACCUUUUGGCCUGAGAUCUUCAUGUAGCUCCAGAAUAAUUUGUUAUUUGUGUUUUAAUUGGAAACUCUCGUAACUGUGUUAGAGGGAGAAUGGUCUAUGGUAGCAAAAUGCAGAUGCUGAUUUUUUUUUAAUAAGAGAAUGAUCAAGUAUCUAUGACCCUAUUACUCGUCUAACUGCUGCUUGAAAGAGACUGAUGCUGAGUUUUCCUGAGUCUGAAGAAUUAACUGGACACGAAGUAGAGAUCCCAGCACAGUUUGCUCGGCUGAUAGCAGCAAGUGAAAUCUCCUAGAGGGGCCUGGGAAUCAGCAAAACCGCAAGCAUCAUUGGAACCCAGCAUUGCAGGCUGGAAACCUCUCCAGGUGACGGGCUAGUGAACUGAUUGAUGCUGUGUUCAUUGUCACCGACAACAAAAGAAUGUCAGUUUCUGGACCAAAUGACCUGUCUUACAACGAAAGAGGUGCUGCCUGUGCGGCACGUGCACACACACACACACACACACACACACUGUAUCUAGAAGAUCAAAACGUUUUGCUUUUCAGCAUCUAAAGGGGUACUGGUAGGAACAUGACAAAGUUUUGAGUCUGCCUAGAAACCUCCCUCCUUUUUUUAGGAACAGUACCCCCUUUAUCUCUGAAACUGUCCCAUGAUCAAUACCUCCCCCAAUUUUCUUCUGUUUCUCGCCUUUUUGCUUCCCCAACAUAUCUACACGCUGUAAAUAUACAGUUCUCGUUGAUGA